UCACACUGUGAAUGUUUUAUUUUAUCCCCCCCAGCAUGACUUCUGGUUACCCUGGACAUCUUUGAUCCUUUUCCGGUCAUUGCCUAGGUGAUGUUUAUUAAUUUUGAAAGACCUUUUAGUCUUUAGCCCAUAGUGAAUGUGAGAAAAUCUGUGUGUGUGAGGCUCAAGUCCUCAUUAGCAAACUGAGCACAUUACGCUUGCCCCAAAGGAAUGUUUUAAACAGCUUUGUGUUACUGCUAUGGUUGAUAGUGUCUCAGUGUGUGAAGAAAUAAGCCAUUUAUUUUAUAGUUUGAUUUCCUCAAGCUAGUAUAGGGACUGUUCAAUUUCCUCCAGCUUUUUGACUUGUACAUCUCUGUCAAAAAUGGCUGUACGUUUGUUUGAGGAUAAGGAACAUGCAAACUCAUACUGGAAGUACCGAAUUUCUCCUUCUGAGGAGCUCAUCGGCAAGGUUCUACAGUUCCACAGGAGUAAUAAAAAUUCAGCCAAUGACCUGGCAGUAGAUGUUGGUUGUGGGUCAGGGCAGGGAACGUUGCUCUUAGCACCACACUUUACUCAUGUGGUGGGGACAGACAUCAGUCCUGCUCAACUGGGGAUGGGGAGGAAAAAUGUUAACAUUCCAAACAUCUCUUACAGGGAGAGUCCAGCUGAAGAACUGCCUUUUGAAGAUGGCUCUGUAGAUCUUGUGACGGCCAUGUCUGCGUUCCAUUGGUUUGACCAUUCACGUUUUCUUCAGGAGGCUCACAGAGUGCUUAAGCCUCAUGGCUGCCUCGCAGUUCUCAACUACACCAUGGACAUGGAGCUGAGCUAUAGAGACUGCUCAGAGAAUUUAAACCACAUCUGUAAUGAGUUUUAUGCAGCCCUGCGGCCUUUCCGAAACCCUUAUCUAGGUUCCAGCUCCUUCGAACUUUACAAGAAAACAUAUGACUCUCUGCAGUAUCCAGUCAAAGAAUGGCAGGACAUUUUUUGGGUGAAAAAGACUGUCGCUCUCUCUGGCUACGUCGGCAUGGUGGAGUCUUUCUCUGCUUUCCAGGCACUCUUAAAAAAAGAUCCAGAAGAGGCCAGACGACUCUCACAGGACAUUGAACAAAGACUGUUGCGUGCAAUGGGCGCGACAUCCUCGGAGACAGAAGUUAUCAUGGGAGUUAAAUACUUUUAUUUUCUAGCCUGCAAGCCUGAAAAUGACUGAUACAUUUCAUUAAAUGUUAAUUUUAGACCUCGUUAUUAAUUAAUAUUCCAGUAUGAUCAACUGAGUUACUAAUUUCCAUAACCAUAAAGUUUCACAACCAUCAAAUAGAAAGUAAUAAAAUAUUUUUACACGUUCAGUACACACAAGAUCUUAAUAAUUAUUAAAAAAGUAGUCUUUACAAAUUGUAUUUAUUUAGUGAAAAAUCCAAAACAUUACAUGGGCCAUUCUAUAAUUAAGGGUACAUUUAGAAGUUGUCAAUGUGAACAGUUUUCCUGUUUCCCAAAAACCCAAACAUGACCUUACAUAGCUGUUUUGAAACACUGAAUCUAUAUUGUAUAAAGUGCUAUAUAAAUGUGAUCUGUAAGAAUAUGUGCAUAAAAUACCAUCUAUGUUUGCUACUGUCCUUUACUGGGUAACACAGUUGACAGGUAACUUAGUUGACAUAUUUAGUGUUUUGGGCCUUAACAUGCAAGCCUAGCCGUACUGAGCGUAUGGUGUGUUUAGAAAUAUAUUUUUAUAAACAAAACAUAAAUUUUAUUUAAAUUGUCUUGUUAAAAUGUGCAGCAAUAAUACUUGUGUAACACUGUUGACAGUCAAUUAAUCCACUCUUGAGACAGGAUUGUCUUUCAACCAAUAUUAGGGGAAAGAGAGAAAACAUAACUUCUAGUGUUUAAUCCAUGUGCUUCUAGAGGAAAUAUCAUCAUAUGGUGCAAAUUAUGUGAUAAUGGGGCAAACCAUUCCUUUUGGGGGUUCUAGUCGGUAACUAGCUGACAACGGACACAAAUAAAACAAGUUAUAUCACAAUAAACACUUAUUAUUUUUGAAGCAAACACCCAAAUCUCUCGAUAACCUAAUAUAACUGAAGGCAGUACUAUGAAAUUCAUUUAUAUUUGAGGUAAUUUUCAUUCUUAAAUACAGAGUAUAAUGAACAACUUCACAAAAUAAGACAGCUGAAUACCAGGGUUGUAUGCGAUAUGGACAUCAUUUUUUAACAAAGGAUAACUGGGACUGGGAAAAAUAUAAUUGUGUACUAGAAAAUUAAGCUUCGGGGCAUUAUAUUGAUGAAAAUAUAUAAAAAAUAUAAGAUGUACCCACAAUUACAGAAUGACCCAUAUGUGUAUUCAGGGCAUUGUCUCUGUGUAUAAACUGUAGCCUAUAUUUAAUGUUUGUUUAAAUAAAUUAAUAUACGCUGACAAAAAUCGUCCUUUCACUGACCCACGUACAAAGAAGCAACCAUUUCAAAGUGUAUAUGAAAGAGCGUCCACCAGGGUGCAGUGUUGAUUUGAACAUGCAGCAGUACCUGCGAGAGAAAGCAUGUCUACCAAACAUUGUCCAUCUGUGCAGCUGCCUGUGAUGACACGACCCAGCAAUUCCACGGUACAGUGAUUUAACACAGGCUCAAUACACAACUUCAAAACAGAAACAAAGGAAACUGAGAGUGACAUUUCUGUGGCCAUUUCAAAAUAUUUUCCGCAAUUCUCCGAAACAAUCAGAUGUUUGCUUGAACCACUGGCAUGUUUUUAAGCUGAAUAGUGAGGUUUUAAAGGGAUAGUUUACCCAAAAAUUAAUCAUUUUUUUUCCAUUCACAAUCGGCUAGCUCCAAGGCACACAAUGCCAAAUCACUAACACAUUUUAUCACAAUGCAUAGUCUGGCUUGUAGGUCUACACCAAAAGAGAAUUAUGAUGGCAUAUUUGUGUGUAAAUAAAAAGAAAAAUAGGCAUGAUUUAAAAGGAUAGUUCACCCAAAAAACCCAAGUUCACCCAAUUCUGUCAUUAAUUACUCACCCUCAUGUCGUUCAAGACCUUCGUUCAACUUUGGAACACAAAUUAAGAUGUUUCUGAUUAAAUCUCAGAGAUUUCUGACCCUGCAUAGAUGGCAACUCAACUACCACAUUCAAAGACCAGAGAGGUCCAUUUACAAAAGUACCAUGUUGCAUAGAUGUGGUGCUGCUGACGCAAGAAUCAGCGUUCGUCCAUCUCUCCUAGUUCAUUUUCUGUUUAUUUUUGUUCAAAUAAGUAAGCCUUGGCAAAAAAUUCCAGUCAUCCUCUCUGUCGAAAUCUUCAGCCAUGUUUACGAAGACUGUUUUAUGUACAGCAUGCACUUUCUACUGCUUGUAAACAAAGCGCAGGGCAUCCUGGUUCUAAAUCAGAAUUCCAGCUCCUGCGUCAGCAGCACCACACGCAUAGGGUUUGAUACUUACGUAAAUAGUGGUGGAGACUGACACAGAAGAGAAGAAAUUGUUGAAUAAAGUAAUUAUUUUUGUUUUCUUUGCAUACAAAAAGCUCUUGUAGCUUCAUAAUAUUACAGUUGAAUCACUGAUGUCAUUUUAAAAAUAUGUCCUUACUACCUUUCUGGGCCACAAAACAUUUAAGUUGCGUUGCUGUCUAUGCAGCAUCAGAAAGCUUUUGGAUUUCAUCAGAAAUAUUGUAAUAUUGUAAUCUGUGUUCUGAGGAUGAACAAAUAUCUUACGGUUUUAGAACGACAUGAGAGUGAGUAAUUUAUGACAGAAUUUUCAUUUUUGGGUGAGCUAUCCCUGUAAAACAUGACUAUUUUUCUUUUUAUUUAAACUUUGACAAUGCUUGUCGUAAUUGUCUUUUGGGUAGGCCUGCAAGCCAGACUAUAUAUUGUUAUAAAAUGUGUUAGUGGUUUGGCAUUGUGUGUCUUGGAGCUGGCCGAUGAAUGGAAGGGUGAAUGGAAAGAAUGGAUGACAGGAUCUGUGUGUGUUCAAAUCUCUUACCUAGAAAAGUAAUGCACAGAACCCCUAUCAAAUGACAGCACAUGAUGCAGUGAAUGUAAGAGAGUAUAGUGCCAAUGCUCAUAUGCAAGGCAGUUGAUAGGUUGCACUAUUCAAACAAACACUGCCACACAAUUAAUAUUUGAUUCACACCAUCAGUGGUCUGAUAUUUCCUAAUAUUCACUCUGACCCAUGGCAAUGCUAUAAAUCAGUCUGCUUAUACAGGUAAUGGCACCUGUCUACUGCAGCUGGAGAAAUCUGCAUAAAAAUGCUAGAACUCCUCAGCUUUGUAGUGUGUCUGUAGAGGGUCUGUAUAACCUGUGUGAAAACUGAAUGAAAUUUAGUAAUACUGUAUGUAAACAAUAUCAUGCACUAAAUCCAGUAGAAAUGGGCUUGAUUAACAAAAGUGUGUUAUUUACUGUAAAUUGUUGCAGCGUUCAUUUUUUUGCUUUUGAUUUACUAAAGGCAUGAGUGUUUUUUCUAUGGUAUAUCACAAAUGCUGUCCAUAUACAGUUGAGGUCAAAAGUUUACACCCCCCUUUCAGAAUUAUGAAAAAUAUUCAUUAUUAUACCAAAAUUAGAGGGAUCACACGAAAUGUGUGUUAUUGUUUAUUUUGUACUGACCAGCUGAGUUUUUUAUUUCUUUAUUUUUUUUUGUGAUAGUUGUUCAUGAGUCCCUUUUUUGUCCUGAACAGUUAAACUGCCCACUGUUCUUCAACAAAAAUCCUUCAGGUUCCACAAAUUCUUUGGUUUUCCAGAAUUUUUGUGUAUUUGAACCCUUUCCAAUGUGAGAUCCAUUUUUUCACACUGAGGACAACUGAGAGUGACUCAUAUGCAACUAUUACAGAAGGUUCAAAAGCUCACUGAUGAAGAGCUGAGGGGUGAAAACUUUUGAACAGAAUGAAGAUGUGUACAUUUUUCUUACUUUGCCUAAAUAUCUUAAUUUUUCAUUUAGUACUGCCCUUCAGAGGCUACAGAAUACAUGUUUACCCUGAUUUAAUCCAUUGUGAAAAAGUUUUCACCCCCUGGCUCUUAAUGCAUCGUGUGUUUCCUUCUGAAGAAUCAGUGAGCAUUUGCACCUAUAUUACUACACUAGAAUUCUCUGCCUCUGUAGGAGGUAAGAUUUCACCCUCAUCUGAGUCACCAUGUAUAGAAUAUUAUAAUUUUCAGUAUGGCAUGAUCAGCAGAUAGCAGAAUCCUCUUGAAAUAAACAGUUUUGCGAAAUUA